UUGACAAUACACCAUCAUAUUUUGAUUUAAAUAACUGUCUUCAAGAUAUUGAAAUUGAACAAAAUAAUAAUAUCAAUGUUACUGAUACUAAUAUUAUUGAGGAGAUUUUUGAAAUUAAUAAAAAUGAUGAAUAUGAUGAAUAUAAUAGUUAUGGUAAAGAGAGUUCUAUUUCAGCUAGAUCACAUAGAAAUUUUCGCCAAAAUCAAGCCAAAAUGCUAAACCUAGUACAUGAUAAUGCUAAUCAAAUGGUCGAAGGUUUAACCAGUUCAUCUAAUAACUCUUUAGCUAAUUUAUUAGCAAAUGUAUUAAAUAACUUUUUUCAUGAUCUGGAUGAAGAAAUUCCAACUGAAGAUGUUUUGAAUAAAAAUAAUAUUAUACAUUUAAUUUAA